AUGGCGCUGGAUGACUAGAGCGAAGUAUCAAAGGUCGCCGCGACUCCCCUUCGUUUUCUUCUUCUUCUACUCGCUGAUGAGCCGCGGCAGCAGUAGUAGCUUUAUCGCCUGCAGUAGUCGCAGUCGUGCUGCAGCCGUCCGCGCGCGAAAGACAGUCGUACGCGCCGCUCCAAAUGCGAAGGCGGUCUUGGAGCGCUCCUCGCGCAGCAUUACGACAGCACCACCGCUUCGUCGUCAGUUCUCAGCUGGGUGUCCUCGUCUACGGAGAAGCCUCAUCAACGGGGAGACAUGAAUGUCCAUGAUGGAGGUUGUGGAGCUGAUAAACAGAUUUAAUGACAGCCUUGGCUCCUACGCAUUUUCAAGAUGGAUAGAACAUCUGAUUAUAGAGUACCAGACAUCAAAGACACUGCUAGCGGUGUCCAUUGGUAUUCUCUUAUCAAUUCUGGCCAUAUCGAUUUAUGUCCUUCGAAAAUGGAAAACCAAGGAGCUCUUGCCACAAGUCAGAGAGUUCGUAGGUGUAGGCACGGGCAGGCCAAGGUUCAGAAAGCGAGACAAAGUCUUGUUCUAUGGAAGGAAAAUGCUCAGGAAAGUCAAGUCCAUAGGUGGCCAAGUACCCGGCACAGGCCAAGGAAAAAAGAGAAGAGCCGUCAUGAGGUUCGCUAGAAGGCUUUUACAGUUAAAGAAAGAUAAUGCUCCUCAGCAAUUGAAAGUAUUAGAACCACCAGCAGAAUAUUUAGAAGAAGAUGUUGGUCCUGGUGACAGAGUUCCACCGGAUGCUCUUUACAUUUUGCAGAGUAUAAGAGUAUUUGGUCACUUUGAGAAGCCAGUUUUUCUUAAAUUGUGUAAACACACGGAAAUCAUGAAUUUACCGGCAGGAACUCCUUUGUUCAGAAUUGGAGAUCCAGAUGAAAACGUGUUUAUUGUUCAACAAGGUUUAGUUAAUGUUUAUAUAACAGGUUCUGAUGGAUCUCAGAUCUCACUUAAGUUAGUGAAAACUGGAGAAUCUGUUACUAGUCUUCUAAGUUUUACCGAUGUAUUAACUGGUCAUACAAGCACAUACAAAACAGUAGCUGCACGAGCUGUGGAAGAUUCUGUUGUUGUAAAAUUACCAAUGAGCGCCUUCCAAGAAGUAUUUCAAGAUCAUCCUGAUGCAUUCGUUCGAGUUAUUCAAGUUAUCAUGGUGAGAUUGCAACGUGUAACAUUUACAGCAUUGCAUCAAUACUUAGGUCUUUCCGCCGAAUUAGUUAAUCAAGGUUCACAUAAGAAAAAGCAUAGUUCAGUCUCCCAAAUGGGCUCGCCCGUCAGAUCGAGAACGCGGGAAAAUUUCAACCUACCCGUAUCAGAAAAUGCUACUUCGUAUCCAGGAGCUUCCGAUUUACAACAAUUGGAUAUUUCUGUAAGAGAAUUUAACAGUGCAUCCCAGCCAGUUCCAAUAAUGUCAAGCCGAAGAUCAAAAACGAAUUUAGAGUGGAAAACUCCAAACUCGGGUUCGCAAUUGAGCCAGCAUACUUCCGAUAUUGUACCGGAUUGCGACUCACCCUGGCCAAACUCAGCGACUUCGAAUCAACAUUCGUCGCAUCCUGGUGAAUCGUCCGAUGGUGGCGUCGGCGUCGGUAGCACUGGCCUACACUCCGGCAGCGCUAGUCGGAAACAAUCUAGGAUUGAGGGCUUUCAGCAGCCGCCGCUGGACGAGGCGCAAGUCGUCCAGAUCGCUACCGAGGCCUUCGUCAAAGAAUUAGGCCUGGAGGAUGAUACUCUGCUGAAAGAAGGCAAGGUUCAGAUUCGGGAAGUACCGGCUGGCACCUACCUAAUGAAAGAGGAAUCUCACAAGGAUGUUGCACUGGUUUUCGUCGUGUCGGGGUCGUUGAUAAUUAGUCAACGAGCCUCCGAAGGUCGCGAGGCAGGCGAAGAUGUACAUAUGUUUAGCGCCCAUCAAGGCGAAAUUGUAGGCGGAUUAGCUGUUUUAACAGGCGAACCAUCGUUUUAUACAAUCAGAGCGAAACACUCGAGUCGCAUAGCUUUACUUAGUAAAUCCACAUUUUUCUCUAUAAUGCGAGAAAAACCUACUGUUGUAUUACACGUUGCAAAGACUGUUGUAAAACGAUUGAGUCCAUUCGUCAGACAGGUCGAUUUUGCACUGGACUGGUUGUUCUUGGAAAGCGGAAGAGCCGUGUAUCGUCAAGGCGACGAGUCAGAUUCGACGUUCAUUGUCCUUAGCGGGCGUCUGCGAUCGGUCAUUACGUACGAAAAUGGAAAAAAGGAGUUAGUCGCCGAAUACGGAAAAGGAGAUUUAGUUGGAAUCGUUGAGAUGGUCACGCAGACUCCAAGAUCAACGACUGUUAUGGCGGUCCGUGACUCAGAACUAGCAAAACUUCCUGAGGGUCUUUUUAACGUCAUCAAACUUAGAUAUCCAAUUGUUGUCACAAGACUGAUUAAUUUACUUGGUCAUCGAUUACUCGGCACUUGGAAACAAGCAGGCCCUAAAAAUGGUUCUCGUGAUGCAAGACGAGCUGUGGACGCGCGGCCAUCACAAGUUAAUUUUUCUACAGUGGCAAUUGUUCCGAUCACGGAUGACGUUCCAUUGACGGCAUUUACUUACGAACUGUACCAUUCUCUGUGUGCCAUCGGUCCUUGCUUACGUCUAACGUCUGAUGUCAUACGAAAAACUUUGGGCUCUUCGAUUAUGGAGUCUAUGAACGAGUAUCGAUUGACAUCGUGGCUCGCCCAGCAGGAAGACCAGCAUAGGAUCUCCUUGUACCAGUGUGACUCGAAUUACACUCCGUGGACGCAACGAUGCGUUCGCCAGGCUGACUGUAUCCUGAUAGUUGGCCUGGGCGAUCGACCGCCGACACUUGGACGAACAGAGCGUGAGGUAGAGCGACUUGCUAUGCGUACACAGAAAGAACUCGUCUUGCUGCACAAGGAACAAAACGGUCAGCGACCGGCUAACACCGUACAGUGGCUUAAUAUGAGGUCAUGGGUGUCUAGUCAUCAUCAUAUCCAGUGUCCAAAGCGCAUGUUUACCAGAAAGUCUCAGUAUCGUAUUAACGAACUGUACUCGAAAGUACUUAUGUCAGAACCGAACGUGCACAGUGACUUCAGUCGGCUAGCACGAUGGCUCACGGGUACCUCGGUGGGCUUAGUUUUGGGCGGCGGCGGGGCCCGAGGUGCCUCGCACGUUGGCAUGCUCAAGGCUAUCAUGGAAGCCGGCAUCCCGAUUGACAUGGUUGGCGGCGUCAGUAUUGGCGCCUUCAUGGGUGCGCUCUGGUGCAUGGAGAAGAACAUCACCACGACAACGCAGAAAGCUCGAGAAUGGUCUAAGAAAAUGACACAGUGGUGGAGGCAAAUUUUGGAUCUUACGUAUCCAAUGACUUCGAUGUUUUCCGGCAAAGAUUUCAAUAAAACAAUCCAUGGCACUUUUGGAGACGUGUAUAUCGAGGACUUGUGGCUUCCCUAUUUUACGAUAACCACUGAUAUAACCGCUUCUUGUAUGCGCACGCACACACACGGAUCGCUUUGGCGGUACAUACGUGCUUCGAUGUCAUUGUCCGGUUAUAUGCCUCCCAUGUGCGACCCAACCGAUGGCCACCUUCUCCUCGACGGCGGGUACGUCAAUAACCUUCCAGGCUUACUUUGGAAGUAUAUUCGAGCCAGCAUGACGAUUGCCGGUGUCUUUCCGCCAAUUUGUGAUCCUAUUGAUGGGCAUCUUUUGGUCGACGGGUGUUACGUAAAUAAUGUCCCAGCUGACGAGAUGCUGAGACAAGGUGCGCACCACAUCCUCGCCAUCGACGUUGGGUCGCAGGACGACACCGACCUUACCAACUACGGGGACUCGCUGUCCGGUUGGUGGUUACUCUGGAAGCGCUGGAACCCCUUCGCCACCCCUGUAAAGGUGCCCAAUUUGCCGGACAUUCAGUCACGGUUAGCCUACGUCAGCUGCGUUCGACAACUCGAGGAAGUCAAGAAUUCAGAUUACUGCGAAUACAUCAGGCCGCCCAUCGACAAGUACAAGACCCUGCAGUUUGCCAACUUCGACGAGAUCAAGGACGUCGGUUAUAAUCACGGAAAAACUUACUUUGAAGGGCAAUCAAAGGCGGGAAUCCUGCCGCGCUUCAACGCCGACCGGGAGAACGCUAAGGCACUAAGGGCCAAACACCAACAGGCUGCGAGCCAGCAGGCCCCGUCCUCGUAUACGUUCACCGAUUUGGCGCAAAUGGUUUGCAAAGUGUCCCGCGGCAACCGCUACACAGACAUCGACUCGGAUUCGGACGGCAUGGAAGAGUACGAGGCUGACUUGGAGGAAGACGCACAAGAAGUUGGAUACGCUUCAGAACCCACCGCUGGCAUUUUGGAUCAGAGUCCGGAGGAUGCCAGGCUCAGAAGGAGAGCCGGAGUUUCGCUCAGUCUCUCCGACACCGAGGCGGACGCUGAUUUAGAAUACCGAAUGAGUGGCAGAAAUACUCCACACCAAAAGUUUUUCAAGUACGGAAGUUCCAAUCUUGAAAUGUGACGUUUAAAUAUUAGAAUUUUUUAACUAUAAGAAUAAAAGAAGUUAUCUUUAUUAUUUAAAA